CUCUUUAAAUGAUAAGCUGGUAUGCCUACUGUACACAGGGCAGUUUACUCACAGGAAAGUUUCUUUUUCACUUCUCUCUGUUUCUUUUUCCUUUCGCGGAGCUGUGCGACCGUUUGGACUGGAGCUGCUCAGAACUGCCGUAUAACUACAUAAUUUAACUAGGUAGCCAACUUUACGUGAUUUUACAGCUUUGGGAUGGAGGGAGACACUUUGCCUGAUAAAGCUGAAGUGAGUAAGAAAGGGAAUGAGAAGGGAGGAGAAGGGGAUGCAACAGAUGCUCCUAAACAAAGAUUACCGGAACCUGUUGGCGGGACAGAUGCAGAAACUAAACUGCCAGAUGAAUACUCUGAGGAGAGUGAGGAAGAGGACACAGUUGAUGCAAAGCCUGAUCGAAAAGGGAGAUUCAUCCUUUUUGGAUUUAAGAAGAAUAAGGAUGGCAAGUUGCGGGAGAAGGACAGGAUCGUUUCACCAGCAUUCCAGUAUAAGAUGAGCCACCGGCGAGUGGGCAAGUGCAUCAUCAUCAACAACAAGAAUUUUGAUGAAAAGACAGGGAUGAAUGUUCGCAAUGGCACAGAUCGGGAUGCAGGAGAGCUGUUCAAGUGCUUUAAGAACCUGGGAUUUGAUGUUUUCGUCUACAAUGACCAGACCUGUGCAAAAAUGGAGCGGUUGUUGAAAGAGGUCUCAGAGGAGGAUCACAGCGACAGCUCCUGCUUUGCCUGCAUUCUGCUAAGCCAUGGGGAGGAAGGCAUGAUUUAUGGAACAGAUGGGGCGAUGCCCAUCAAGAGCAUGACCUCACUCUUUAGAGGAGAUAUGUGCAAGAGCCUGGUGGGCAAACCCAAGCUCUUCUUCAUCCAGGCUUGUCGAGGUUCAGAGUUUGAUGAUGGCAUACAGACUGACUCAGGACCACCCAAUGACACGAUAGAAACGGACGCAAAUCCUAGACACAAGAUCCCUGUGGAGGCAGAUUUCUUGUUUGCCUACUCCACUGUUCCAGGUUACUACUCAUGGAGGAAUCCAGGCCGAGGGUCUUGGUUCGUUCAGGCCCUCUGUAAUGUCCUCAACGAGUUUGGCAAGCAGCUGGAAAUCAUGCAGAUACUCACACGGGUUAACUACAUGGUGGCGACCAACUUUGAGUCCUGGUCUGAAGAUCCUCGCUUCAGUGAGAAGAAGCAGAUCCCCUGUGUGGUCUCCAUGCUGACCAAAGAGCUCUACUUCAACUGAUGACUGACUUCACAACAACCUCAGACACCUACAGCCUUUGCACGCUCAGAUUUUUACAAAGUACAUAGAUUUCCAUGUCAUGUUUUACCACUUUUUAUUUUGCUUCUGACCAGAACUGAUGCAUCAUGCUGCCUGUCUUAUAUAUUUUUGUAAUUUUAGAGACCUUUUUAGAGAUCUUUUUUGGAAAUUGUAACCCUUUAUUUUUUGCAGCACAAAUUUCUGCAUGGCAGGCAGUACAGACACAUCAGACUGACUGACUGACAGAUGUGACCGGAUGUUCACAAUAUUCAGGGAUGCUCCAGACCCAGCUGGAAACGGUGUUGUUUGUGCGUGAAAGCAAUUUAUUUCCAACGUUACUCUGGGCACUUUCUUUGCUCUUUUAGUUAUUCCAUGGAACACUGAUGCCACUGUUCUUUGUCUGCUGGCAGUGUGAAAUAUCCAUGUCAUUUUGCCAACUUGGAAGGUUUGCUGCCACAGUAGGUGAGGAAUUGGAGCAUGUCGAUAUUCUUUUAGAAAUUUCAGCUGGGUUAAUAAGCCCAAUGAAACAUGUGCUAAUGUACAGUAUAUAUAAAAAAAUAAUUACCACUACAGUAAGAGGCUAAAUACAAGGUGAAUCCUGUGUCUGAAAGGGGCCGUUACUAAACUGUAGUUUAAUUCGGUAAACUGGUAAGCAUUAUUUCUUUCUGCUCACAACUGAAGCAGAUAGCAUUCAUACCCAUCACAAAUCACCAGAAUGUAUUACUCUGCCCUCUGUAGGAUUGAACUGUAAGGGCUGUAAGUGGCUGUUUCCAUGGUGAAAUACCUCCUUUGUCAAUACAAAUUUUAUCACUCAUAUAGUCUAAGAUGAUGAAGUCGGCAGUAAAACACCACUAGUUUUUUUUAUUGCUCGUCUUUUUAACUUUGAACAGAGCAGUCUAUGAAAUUUUAUCAGUGUCCUGUUCUGACAUUUCUUCAGUUGUGGGUCCUUCAUUUUGGCCUACAAAUAUUAGGGUCUAAUGUGAAAUGUGAAUGAUGCUUUUUAGGAUAGUGUACCAUGUAAUUUGCACCAGAACUAUAAACCUAAAGCACAAGUAGCUAUGUGUUUGAUUUCAGUUCGGUUGAGGUGGUCUUAGCAGGACUGUGGUAGAUGCUCGGAAUGGAUUGCACUCAGUGCUGGUGAGAUGUAGCAGUUUUUGCAACAGAGAAAGGAUACUCCAAGCAGGACACAGAUGACUGCUUUACUUCUUCUUUUAUUAGUAAACUCAGUUCCAACUGCCAAGUCUCUAAAGUAACACACAGAGGAGGAACGCCCAAUCAACUCACACAUCAUGUGCAAAACUCUCAGUAGCAGCCCUUCCCCUCAUUAGAUUGAUGUCUUUGAUUGGCUGACCUUCCUAACAAGGACAGUGAAAGGGUGUUAAAAAAACAGAAGAAACAUCAAAUUGGUGUAUCUCCCCUUUAAAAAGCACACUACUUGAAGAAAGUAAUCAUUUGUUUUGUUCUUUCCAUAAAACUUACUUGAUGUUCUGUCUUGAAUCCAGUUUAUAAUCUACACAGGCAGCUACUGUAUUACUGGUGACACAUGGACCAAUGCUGCAGUAGUAUUGCAGUAAGGCUAGGGUCAUCUGAGAGUUUCAGAACCAGCUGCAUUAGCUGCGUUUCCUUCCUUCUUUGAGUUGUAAUUGUACUUUCAUCUGCUUCAGUCAUACAUUCACUUUUCUUCUGGAUCACAGUCAGUCUGAAGUAAAGCUGCAGAGAGUGUGAAGCAGACAAUACUGUCAGUGAUUUAAUCAGAUUCUAAUGGGACAUAAUCAUGAUCACCCUUCUGUUAGUGCAGCAUUUCUCAAUCCUCCCCUCCAGGACUGAGAAACACAGUGUAUAUGGAACAGAUAAACCUGUCAAUCAACUCAGCUCUCACGCUAUCUCUCUCUUCCUAUUUAUUACAGCUGUCAAUCAAAAAACAUAUUCAUUGUCCUUUACUGCGUGUCAAAUUACAUGCUAAAUGGACCAAUAGCUCCAAAAUAACUUUCAAUAAAAUAUUUUUUACUUCCUUUCUUUUUUCCCUUUUUACCUGUAAAGUUGAGGUUUUUGGAGAUACAAGGUUUUUGUUCAUGUGACAGCAAGUGCAUAUAUAAAUAGAUUAAUAUAUAGAUAGAGAGUGAGAGAUAGAGAUUACCUCUUAGUGAUGUAGUGCCCAAACUGUACCGAAGGGAGUAUUUGCUCUACUUGUAUUGGAAUGGAAUUUAAGGGAAAAUAUAUAUAUUUUAAGAAAAAAUCCUUUUAAAUGAUUUACAGUGUUAAAUGAAAUUGUCCUCAGGAAUAUAUGAAAUGAUUUGGAACAUUUUUUUGGGAUAUGAAAUGCCCUCUAAAAAUGUAAAAAGUAAAAAUAUUUUUGAUCACUGCCAUACUUUUUGCCCCUUUUUUGGAAUUCGGGGCUAUGUUUUGUUUAAGUGACUUCACAUGGAGAGAAUGCCUUUGUAAACCUUAUUUUGUUGUAUUAAAAAAUAAAUACAUA